GGGUGCGACGCGUGUGCUAAUCGUGACUCUAGCAUAUCUCGCCCCACCUCCCGUCCUCCCUUCCUGUCAUAUCUGCCAGUACUCCUUCCUUUUCCUGCGCUCGCGUUGUUGUUCCUGUUUGUUGAUCGUUGAGAGCAGUGUGUAGUGCAAGAAGAGGAGGAUAGUGUGACACGUGCCUGUUGGUUGUUGUUUGUUGAAUUAUUCUUGGCCGUCUGGCGUUCGUCCAUCCGUUCCAAGAAGGAAGAAAGUGAGGUUAGAGUAGCGGCAGCAACACUCAAGAACCGCCGUUGCGCACACCAAACAUGUUUCCCGUGAACACUGGCCGGCCGAUUACUUUGAUCCGAGACACUUGGUUUGCCAGGCCUUCGAUCUACCAGUACUAGUGCGUCCAUAUCUCGAAUAUGCGACCGCUCGGUUAUCAUGGAUCUAGAGAAGGAAAAGAGGUUCAGACUAGCCAUGUCCAGUAAGUGGCGUCGUGCAUCGAAAUUCAGCAUAGACAGGAAAGCAGUACGCGCUAGUCGCGAGAGAUAGAAUGAGUGGACCUCGACCAUCCGAAUUACGCUGCUUCAACGAGAAUUCUCCCAGGCCCCCUGUUCCUGGUGAGGAAAGGGGCGUCUACGUAGGCAGAUGUCCAUCGAGUCCGGAUUUCCAGCUCCGGCGCUCGACUUGCGAUGCCACUUGCGCGCCUUUGGGUUUCGAGUUGGGGGGUCGCUGCGACCGUGCCGUCGACAUGGAGGAAAGGAGCGAUUCAACCUCGCGGUUGGCAUGCUUACAAUGGACGAGAAGCCUUCACGCCCUGUUGGAGGACCCAAAGGGCCUCGAACUCUUCGAGCACUAUCUUCAGCAAGAAGGACACACGUACGCGCUCUCCUUUUGGUUCGCCUGCGAGGGCCUUAAGGAGGAACGCGAUCCCAACAAGCUCACCGCCAUUAUUAAGGUUCUCAUUAGAAGGUUCUUCCAGAGGCCGCAGCUAGCGCUUCCCGAGGACGUACGCAAGGAGAUGAGUCGGCGGGUGCGCGAGGGACUCGCCGAUAAGCGAAUGUUCGACUUGGCGCAGCGCGAGGUCGAGCGCCUGAUCGAAGAGACGACUUACCCGAAUUUUUUGCGCUCCGACGUUUAUCUGCAGUAUGUGCGAUACUGCCAGUGCGCGGAGUUGAGCACUGACUGUCAAAGGCGGCCAGGCCAUGAUAACGAGCACGAGGAUGUCGUCGAGGACGACGAAUGUCCAAGCUCCUCGGAAGAACCCUCGAUAUCCUGCAUUUCUAACUUACUGCCAACGCUACACGAAGAUAGUGAAUUUACGUCGCAACAGCAACAGCAGCAGCAGCAGCAGCUACAUCAUCAUCACCAUCAUCACGCGCAUAUGCAGCAACAGCAUCAUCAUCAUCCAUCAACUGAAUUUAAUAAGGGGGAGAUGAGACUGACCAAAGACAUCCUUAUGGCUACGCAGCAGCUCAGGGCUCUCGACGUCAGACCCAAGCCAGAGGCUUUCGCUGGCCUUUACCUGCAACCCGGAGCUAGUCCUUACCAUGCGUCGGUGCCGAGACCGCGUGCACAAUACUCGUCGUAUAAUCCGGUCUCCAGGCAAGACUCGGAGCUCCAGAGCUUGAGCAGCGACGCUCGCACCGAGUCCGACAAUCUCUCCCUCACUGACGCGUCUCUCGAUGGUGCCUCGAUGUCGAAACGCAACACACGGAAGCAGUACAUAAGGCAGUGCCAGGCGAUGAAGAAGUCGGCGAUGAUUAAUUGUGAUCCUGUCGGCCAUGAGAGUAUCAUACCAAGGACGCAGCGGGUGUCGCGCGAGCAGACGCAGCCAAUGAAGCCGGAGUCGUUCGCGCGUCAGUUGAUUGAGAAGCUCGAGCGCGUCAAGCGCGACCGGGAGAACGAGGAAAAGCUCGAGCGCAAGCUCAAGGAAGUUGACAUGUCCACCAGUCAAAGCGAUGGGCUUUGUGACUCCUCGGGUACGCCGAGCUCGGGUCCGGCAAUGAUUCCGUCUUCUAUGGGUGGCUCAGCGCUUCCAGGGCCAAAUUGCGGCCAGCAGUCGCGUAGUCUCGCCGAGGCUCUCCGCGAGAAGCUGCAGCUUGAGGAGGACAGCGAUCAAGCCAUCCUCGACCAGCACGUUUCGCGGGUCUGGUCAGAUCUCACACCCUCACGCUCACCUAAACUCGCCUCACCUCGGCCCCGAUCACCCGACAAGUGCCGCCGUCAACAGCAACAGCAUCAACAGGUGGGAAACGGAGGACUUGGGAUUGCGAACAGUCAUCAAUACCCCUCGAGGCCAUCAUCGCACCGUAGUCAACGCAAGGAGAAGGACGUGUUCUCGACCUUCUCCGGGGAUAGUGGUAACGUACACGACUUUCCGGAAGCCGGCGAGUUACACGGGGCCGGGAGUAUGAGCUCCCUUGGCUCGCAUUUACCCAAGAGCAAGUCCGUACCAUCCGAUUACGCCGAUUCGCUACGUAAGCAAGACCUUUACCUACAAGGUCAAGAUCAAAGAUAUCGAAGACUGGACGCUACGCGGUCUUCAGCGACGAAGAAAUCGAUGACUGAAUUGACGGAUAGCGGCGUCUCCGUGGUGAGUGAUGUGCCGCCCGCGGCGGUCAAGGAUAGCCGGCUCCUCAACUGGUUAAAAGAGACGGAUGGGAGCGGAUCCGGAGGCUCUGGUAAGGCGGAGACCAACGUCAACGCGAAGCUCAACCGGAAAAAAUUCAGCAACCUCCCUCAGCAGCCCUUCGUCGGCGAUCCCGGCAUGCCACUUCUUCCGCAACCACAUACUGCGACACAAUUGGAGGAGGCAAAAAGAAGGUUGGAGUAUGAACAGAAUCGGAACAGGUUGCGAUACCCGAGCGGCGGUAAUGGUGGUAGCGGUGGUGGUGGUGGCGGCGGCGGCAGCGGCGGCGGCGGUGGAGGUGGCUGUGGCGUCAGUGGUAGUGGCAGUGGUGGUGGCAGCGGAAACGGCUUCGGUGGUGGUGGGGCCAAACAACAGUUGGAUUAUGAGCUUAUGCCGCCAAUGCAGUCCUGUAUGCAGUCCAAUCAAUCGACGCUCAGACGAACGAAGCAGGACGCCACUGUAGAUUUCACCACCGUUGUGUUCAGCUUUUGCGACGAAAAGGUGCCCUAUAGAACCAAAAUACCCGGCUACAACGUCACCCUCAAGCAAUUCAAAGAUGUUCUACCUAAGAAGGGCAGCUACAGAUACUUCUUUAAAACCGAGUGCGAGGACUUGGAUAUGAAAGUAAUUCAGGAAGAGAUAACCGACGACACCGAGGUUCUGCCGCUUUGGGAAGGCAAGGUUAUGGCGCAGGUGAAGGCGCUCGAAUAGAAAUUUACAUUUUUUUGGAGCACGUAUUAACUCGCGGCCUUCAUUUCUUCGUCGUUCGUCGAACGUCAGUCGAUAAUGAAUGUACCGG